CUGUAUUUGCUGAAAGCUGGCAGUGACAAGAACAGGAUCUGCAUGUACAACAACAGUCCAUAAUGGUUGAAGAAAGCAGCAAUGAAGAGGUUGUACUGAUAGAUCUUUUUGACUCAGGGUGUCACAUAGACCUCGACAAACAAAAAGUUAUUACCCACAUUUGGGGAAUCAUCAAAAGACGAUAUAACACAAAUGUUCCAUUUACCUUUUUUAUGUGCUACCAGGACCCUGCUUGUAAGGACGGUAGUGCAGAUGUAUUAUCUGACUUCACAGAGGCACAGUUUAAUAAUCUGGAAAAUGGAUACACGGUGGUAAGGGACUCCAACAUGGCUGCAAUACUUUACUCCAUCAAGCAAGAAAUCGAUAAACUGGACAUAACUAGGAUUCUUGUCAUCCUGCCGCAGGAAAGAAGGAUACACAUGGAUAUUUAUUUAGAAAAUUUGUUUACUCCUGCCUAUAACUUCAUGAUAGAGUGUUAUGGAAAGUACUGUCAGGUGGAUAGCAUUACAUUCCCAUGCAAUGCCAAACAAAUAAGCAAUGGUAUUUCCGAUGAAGAAUAUCAAGUGGUUGCAAGGAAGAACAUACAGACAUAUUUUCAAAGCUUGCCUGCUCUGAAAGGUGAUCUGGUAAUUCUAAAAUCACAACUUAUUCCAGAAGAGACCUUUCUGCAUGGCUUUACAACAAGAAGUGGUGGUAUAACCUGCAUUCCAACUCUUAGUAGUUUAAAUCUUUUCUGCAGUCCCAAAAGGAAAGAUCCAACAGCGGUUGUUGAAGAGAACUUUUGCCGCCUGGGAAAAACUGCAGGAUUUGAUCCUCAGACUUAUGUUCCAAUAAAGGUAGACCAUGCGGAGAUUGUUAAAAUACUAGGAAAAACAGACCCGCAAAGAUAUGAUGGAAUAGUCACCAAUCAGAAAGGAGUGACAAUUGCAGCCCCUGGUGCGGACUGUAUUCCAAUCCUGUUCUGUGAUCCAGUGAAAAAAGCUUGUGGAGCAGCCCACUCAGGCUGGAAAGGGACUUUGCUUGGAGUUUCAAUGGCCACAGUAAACGCCAUGGUAACAGAGUACCAGUGUGAUGUGAAGGAUAUACGGGUUGUUCUGGGACCAUCAGUGGGUCCAUGCUGCUUUACCCUAACUCAAGAAGAAGCCAGAGCUUUCCAUGACAUAGACCCGCUGUGUGUCUUGCAGAUGGAAUCCCCAAAACCAUAUGUUGAUAUCAGAAGAGCUACUCGUCUUCUCCUGGAACGUGGUGGCAUUCUGCCUCAGAAUAUUCAAGAUGACACUAUUGCAGACAAGAGCCUAAAUGUUACACUCUGCACCUCUUGCCACCCUGAAAAGUUUUUCUCUCAUGUUCGAGAUGGUGAACAUUUUGGAACACAAAUCUGCUUCAUAGCCAUUAAAGACUAAUCAAAAAUGACUCAUUGAUCUACUCAGGAAUAUGAAGAAUGGACUUAAUUUGAGACUAUUUAAUGUAUUAUGGCUUUCACCUAAAUGCAAGAUAUUUUUUA